AUGCGCAUUGGCCGCCGGCGGCCCUCAGGCCCCACCCCAUUCCCGACGGAGCCCCGCCUCCUGGCGGCCUCUCGCUCGCUCGCUGCGCUGCCCGCCUGCUUCCCGUGCACGUUACCGCCGGGGCGAGGGGAGCGGCUCCCGGGACAGUCGAGCCGCCACCGAGCGGCUCCACAAGCGGGCGAGCAUGUCGGGCGCAGGCGGAGCGCGGCGGCGGCGGCGGCGGCCGGGGAGUACCCGCUGGAGUUCCAGUGCGCGCGCUGCCGCCGGCGGCCGCUCGGAGACUCGCUCACCUGGGUGACCAGCCAGGAGGACCGCGGCUGCAGCAUCCUCUGCUGUCAGUGUUUUCCUGCAAUGUGUGUGUCUGCGGAUAGAGAACAGAAGCUGUCCAAGUGCAAAGAUGAAGAUGGGCGCAUUCUUGAGACCCUGUCCUGUACAGGCUGCUCCCUCAGACUUGGCUAUGUGUACAAAUGCACUCCCAACAGCCUAGACUACAAGAGGGACUUGUUCUGACUCAGCGUAGAAGCCAUUGAAAGUUACACUUUAGGGUCCUCUGAAAAGCAAACCGUGCCAGAAGAGGAGCUUUUCAAUCUGGAGGGCAGGGUUGAGAUAGAGAAGUCUAUAAAGCAGAUGGAAGAUGUCCUGAAAGCCUUGGAGAUGAAGCUGUGGGAGGUGGAGUCCAAGCUGCCCUUUGCUGGCCACUGCAGCUGAGCUGCUCCACCCUGCCCCACCCUUGCUGCCAAUGUGUGUGUGUAUUUCAGGGGAAAGGUCACUCACUGUUUCUUGUAUUUGGAUCUUAAAGCCAGUUUAUGAUACAUGCUGGAAUGGAAUUUUGUGAGUUCUUAUUUUCAUAAAAAAACCACGGUGGUUUUUAUGUCUUUUUUUCCUGUUAAAUUCAUUGUAUUUGUUCAUUUUUCUAUUUUGUAAAAUUUUGUCACUUUUAAUACUUUGUAUAAGCGGGCAGUGGUGGUGCACACCUUUAAUCCCAGCACUCUGGGAGGCAGAGGCAGGUGGAUUUCUGUGAGUUGGAGGCCAGCCUGUUCUGCAGAACUACACAGAGAAGCAUUGUCUCAAAAAAAACAAAAAACAAAACAAAACAAAACAAAAAAAUACUUUGAAUAUUUAUGAAUGAAUAGUAAGGAAAUCAUCUUGGGUAAGAUUUUAGUGGAAUGUAUUAGGUUGGGACUUUUUAUAAUGUAAAACUUCUAUAAGGAACAUGCAUUAUUUUUAUAAUAA